GGCCUGGUCACGUGGUCGCCGAGAUGGCGGCGCCUAAGCUACGCUGCGCUCGCCGCAGCUGCUGACCAGCGCUCCCCUUGUCCGUGGCGCCGUCACCGCGGCCUGCGUCGACGCGGCCUGCGUGUGCGGAGUCAGCGUCGAGUCCCCGUGGCCGAGAGCACGGUUGCCGGAGGCCGUCGCCAUGGUGACGGAGCAGGAGGUGGAGGCAAUAGGGAAGACUCUGGUGGACCCCAAGGAGCCUCUGCAGGCCCGCUUCCGGGCCCUGUUCACGCUGCGGGGGCUCGGGGGCCCACACGCUAUUGCCUGGAUCAGCCAGGCCUUCGAGGACAGCUCUGCCCUGCUGAAGCACGAGCUGGCCUACUGCCUGGGCCAGAUGCAGGACUCGCGCGCCAUCCCAGUGCUGGUGGACGUGCUGCGCGACACGAGCCAGGAGCCCAUGGUGCGACACGAGGCGGGGGAAGCUCUGGGGGCAAUCGGUAACCCGGAAGUUCUAGACCUCCUCAAGCAGUAUUCUACGGACCCAGUGGUUGAGGUGGCUGAGACGUGCCAGCUGGCUGUCGGGCGUUUGGAGUGGUUGCAGCAGCACCCUGGGGAGGCUGGGAGCGCAGGACCCUACCUCUCCGUGGACCCAGCACCCCCUGCAGCCGAGCAGGACGUGGGACGGCUGCGGGAGGCCCUGCUGGACGAGGCGCUGCCACUGUUUGAGCGGUACCGUGCCAUGUUUGCCCUGCGCAACGUGGGUGGCGAGGAGGCGGCUUUGGCCCUGGCUGAAGGUCUGCGCUGUGGCAGCGCCCUCUUCCGCCAUGAGGUGGGCUACGUGCUGGGCCAGCUGCAGCAUGAGGCGGCCGUGGGCGAGCUGGCGGCCACCCUGGCGCGGACCAACGAGAGCGCCAUGGUGCGACACGAAUGCGCAGAGGCCCUGGGUGCUAUCGCCAGGCCCGCCUGCCUAGCCGCACUGCGGGAGCACAUCACCGACGCCGAGCGUGUGGUGCGGGAAAGCUGCGAGGUAGCGCUGGACAUGUACGAGCACGAGUGCGGCCUGGACUUCCAGUACGCCAACGGGCUAGAGCGCCUGCGGCCGCCGCCCUGACCUAGCAGCACCGGGCACUGCCUAGGACUACCCUGGACUCUGCCGUCGCAGUGGGCAGGGUUCUGCGGGCCGUGCCCUGCGUGUGGGACUCUUCCAGCGGCGCCCACUAUCCAGACUUGGGGGCCAGUCAUCUGUGCCGCCUUGAUUCCCAUCCUCCACAGCUGCCUCUGGAUGCUGGUGCACAGUGCUCCCUCCUGGAGCUGUCUGUCUAUAAUUUUAUUCCUCCAGACUGGCGCACUGCAGUGUGGGAACUUCCGGAUACCAGGGAAUGGUCAGGUUUGAGAUGCCGGGAAAGGUUGUGGGGUCUCAGGUCGGCGAAUACUUCCGACUUCGCGGGGUUAGGGGCAGUGCAUGUCUGGGCCAUCAAGGGGCACAAGC